GAGGGCGGAGGGAUACGGACGGGGGAGGGGGUCCUCCACUCCAACGAACGGCGUAGGAAGCCUUCGCCCGGACUGCCAUCCCUCGACAGCCUCCCUCACAACAAUGCAAACGGCCCCUGGCUACGGCCAUCACGAGUCUGCCAGCAGAUGAGUUGUGAACACGCAGCCUGGUAGUCACUCAUCACCGCCGCCAUGAAAGAGCUGAAGGGCUGCGGUAUGCGCUCGUCGGUGGGCUUUCUGUCCCGCCGCGGGCUGACGGGACAGUCGCUGAUGAAAGACGAGUUCCAGCGGCGCAGGCUUGCCGGCUGCACCAGCCUGUACAAGAAGGACAUGCUGGGACACUUCGGCUGCGUCAACGCCAUCGAGUUCUCUAAUAACGGUGGCGAGUGGCUGGUGUCCGGUGGAGACGACCGCCGGGUGCUUUUGUGGCACAUGGAGGAAGCGCUCCACGCUCGCUCCAAGCCACUCAAGCUGAAGGGAGAGCAUCUGUCCAACAUCUUCUGCCUUGCCUUUGACAGCAGCAACAAGAAGGUCUUCUCUGGAGGAAACGACGAGCAGGUGAUUCUUCACGACGUGGAGCGGCGAGAAACUCUCAACGUGUUCUUGCACAUCGACGCCGUGUACAGCCUCUCGGUUAGCCCGGUAAAUGACAACGUCUUUGCCAGCUCGUCGGACGACGGUCGCGUCCUCAUCUGGGAUACCCGCGAGCCGCCACAUGGAGAACCGUUUUGCCUGGCCAAUUACCCAUCGGCCUUUCACAGCGUGAUGUUCAACCCGGUGGAGCCCCGACUGCUGGCUACCGCCAACUCCAAGGAAGGUGUCGGGCUGUGGGACAUCCGCAAGCCGCGCAGCACGCUGCUGCGUUACGGCGGUAGCAUGUCGCUGCAGAGCGCCAUGAGCGUGCGCUUCAACAGCACGGGCACGCAGCUCCUGGCGCUGCGCCGCCGCCUGCCGCCCGUGCUCUACGAGCUCCACUCGCGCCUGCCCAGCUUCCAGUUUGACAACCAGGGCUACUUCAACUACUGCACCAUGAAAAGUUGCUGCUUCGCCGGCGACCGCGAUCAGUACAUCCUCUCUGGCUCGGAUGACUUUAACCUCUACAUGUGGAAAAUCCCGAAGGACCCUGAAACGGGAGGCCGCGUGGUGAACGGCGCAUUCAUGGUCCUCAAGGGCCACCGCUCCAUCGUCAACCAGGUCCGCUUCAACCCCCACACAUACAUGAUCUGCUCCUCUGGUGUGGAAAAAGUCAUCAAGGUGUGGAGUCCUUACCAGCAGCCCGACAGCCUGGGCGACCUGGACGGCUGCGUGGAGGACACGUGCCGCAGUCUGUACACGCACGAGGAGUACAUCAGCCUGGUCCUGAACAGCGGCAGCGGCCUGUCGCACGACUACGUCAGCCAGUCCAUCCAGGAGGACCCGCGCAUGAUGGCCUUCUUCGAUUCACUGGUGCGCCGCGAGCUCGAGGGCUGGAGCUCGGACUCGGACUCGGACCUGAGCGAGGACGCCAUCAUGCAGCUGCAUGUCCGCAGUCGCCGCGCCACCCGUGCCACUACGGCAGCAGCGGCGGCGGCGGCGGUGGCCGCUGAGGGUGCGGCCGGCGCUGAAGUCAGAGCAGAUGACUCGGAUAAUUCCAGCUCGGGAGGGGACGGCGAGGGGCGCUCCAGGACACGCCUCACCCGGCCGCCGUUGGGCUUUUUGGCGAACGACGACUCGGAUUCGGACAGCGAGUUCUGGUUGGACCCGAUGCCGCGGCCUCGCUCGCCGAGCCCGCGCGACUACGCCACCUUGUCCAUCCCCUCGUCCACCUCCCCCUCGCUGCCCGCCGGGGCCUCCAGUUCUUCAGCCAGCGCGUCCAGCUCCAGCAGCGAGGACGAAGAACGGCGCAGCGCCGUGCGGCGGCGUAACGUGACGAGGCGGCAACGCAUGCGGGUGGCGUCGCGCGCCGGCGAGCUGCCCGAUUCCGCCGGGCAGGAACUGUUCUCCGCCGUUGACUCGUGCAACUACCCGUCCAUCGCCGUCCACGACUUGACAUCCUCGGAAGAGGAUCAGUCGGAACGCGACGCCAGGAAACGCCGCCUCAGCCUGUCGGAUUUGGUGUGCGGAAGCCCGGUGAUGUCGCCCGACACUCAGGAGGACGGGAGCGAGCCGGCGCCGGGUAGGACUGAGGCCACCUCGGACGACGGAGACGGGGAGGCGGGAGCUAACGGGCGCCACCGAGAUGCCGCCGCCGCUGCCGGACAACAGGAGGAGGGGCCCGGCGUUGCGGACACGAGGACGGGAGAAAGGCUAAAAGGCCCAACGCAGAAGCGGACUCGUGCGGGAUCGGAAGAGGCCGAGUGCGGCUCCUCGGAGAAGAAGCUCAAAACAUAGCCAACGCUUUUGUUUCUAGUCGGCAUUGCCUUUGUUUGGAGGUUAUGUGACUUUAAAAAAAAAUAGACAGGAUGCGACAGUCUGUUUUCGGUAUGAUUCACUCACUCAUUCAUUAAUCAUUACACGCGGAUUUGUGGACUUAUUGGUGCAAAUUAAAUAGAAUUGCCUCCUGGUGGGCAUCUCAAUACUGAGUUCAGGAGCUCCAUUUUGGUAAAAAUGGUCAUUCACCGCCACCUUGUGGCAGGCGUUGGUAAUUGCUGUACAGUUCCCAAAAAUUGGGGGCUACUCAUCAGAUACUCAGUGAAAAUCUGAGUAAUUGCAACCCCUGCGAAAAAAGUGUUUUGCUUACCACACUAUGUGACAAAAUAGUGGCAUGGCAGUAGGUUUUUUCUUUUUUCCAAAAUGGAACAUGAAGAUGGCGGCGCAAAGAUACGAAUACUUAGCAGUCCACCGUAAGAAAGACAACAUGAUCCAGGAGUUUGGAGUGAUUGAAUGAUUCCGAACAUCGCCAUUUUGUUUUCAACACCAGGAAGUGAAGUUGUUGAUUUGAACACGGCGCACAAAGUGACUUGCCGUUUGCGUUCAAGUGUUUGACGUCAAGCCUACGUGUUCUUUUCGGGUUUCUGUUUGUUUGGGGGUUUUUUUGUCAUUAGGGCAUCGGAAGAAGAACACUUUUGAGUUUCUACUGUUACAAGGCAGACGUGUUGUUUUCUGUCAAUAAAAAGACUGGCUUGUUCUCCAGCCCAAACUCUU